UAGAGAGUUCCAUCCUUCCUCGACUGAACCUGCCUCAUGAGCUUUGAAAGUCAACUCAGACUCUUCUCCCUCUUCACCUCAGAGCAUUUUGUUAAACUCUUCUAAGAGAUCGGUUUUGAAAUAGACUUUUUGUUUUCUUUUUUCAAGUGUAAGAGACUUAAGAACACCUGUUAACUGUUUGUGUUGCCCUCCAUCUUUUGGCAAUUUCUUCUACUCCCCAACACUGUGGAUGAGUGUUGCAGGGAUCUCUCUCCUCCUGGACUGAAUUUAUUUUCUGGCCUGUUCUCCAUCCUGUGAGAAUAGUCUCUGUUCCUGCUUCACAUCAUCACUAAGAACUGACACGUACUGUUAACCCUAGAAAACGCACACAGAGGUAGUUCAGGAUGGCUCUCAAUGUUCCGGGUCUGGUGGUGAUGGCAGCGUUUUACCUGCUGAUCUUGGGCACAGGCAUCUGGGCGUCCAUGCGCUCCAAGAAGGAGGAAAAGAAGUGCUCAGGAGAUGGCAUGGAGAUAACAUUACUGGCCGGACGCAAUAUCAACUUGCUAGUCGGCAUCUUCACUCUUACUGCUACAUGGGUGGGUGGAGGCUUCAUCCUUGGUAUAGCUGAGGCAACAUAUAACCCAACACUCGGCGCAGUAUGGGCUCUCAUGCCUGUGCCUUACGUUCUGACCUUCUUCUUGGGUGGCUUUUUCUUUGCCAAGCCUAUGAGAGAGAACAAGUACGUGACAAUGAUGGACCCCUUCCAAAAGAAGUAUGGGAACGUUCUGAGCAGUGCGCUGAUCUUUCCCGCACUGGUGGCCGAUGUCCUGUGGGUGGCACGCACACUUGUCAGCCUGGGUGGAACUAUGAGCGUGAUCCUGGACCUGUCCUACGUCUACUCCAUCAUCAUCUCCUCAGUGGUGGCCAUAAUCUAUACACUGCUGGGGGGGCUUUAUUCUGUGGCCUACACAGACGUCAUCCAGCUCAUCCUCAUCUUUGUCAGUCUGUGGGUGUGUGUUCCUUUCCUGUUGACCAACCCUCACUCUGUGGACAUCUCACUGACGGCCUACAACGAGACCUUCCAGGCUCCCUGGGUAGGCACGGUGGAGCUCGAUGAAGCUGGCAAGUGGUUUGAUGACUUCAUGCUGCUGGCUCUGGGUGGUUUGGCCUACCAGGCGUUCUACCAAAGAAUCCUGUCUGCGUCAUCUUACACCCAGGCUCAAGUGACCUGCUUUGCCUCUUCAGCCUUCUGCCUGGUGCUGGGUAUCCCCUCCAUUCUGGUGGGGGCUGUGGCUGCAUCUACAGACUGGAACUCAACCAGCUAUGGCUUGCCAACCCCAUAUGAGCGUGACCAGGCAGGCUCCAUCCUUCCCAUUGCCCUGCAGUUCCUCACACCACCCUACAUCUCUGUCAUUGGCAUUGGAGCUGUAGCUGCUGCUGUCAUGUCCUCCAUGGACUCAGCUCUUCUGUCCUCCGCCUCGUUGUUUUCCUCAAAUAUCUACAAGAACAUCAUCAGAAAGCAGGCGUCAGACCGUGAGAUGCAGUGGGUGAUCCGUAUCUCAGUAGUGGUGGUGGGUCUGGCUGGCACUGCCCUCACCUUCCUGGAUAGCAGCGUCCUGGUCUUCUGGCUUGUGGGUGUGGACAUGUCCUACACCAUCAUGUUCCCUCAGCUGGUUUGCGUCCUAUUUUUCAAGGUGUCUAAUGGCUACGGAGCCACUGUGGGCUACCUGAUGGGAAUCAUCAUGAGGGUCCUGAGCGGCGAGCCUCUCAUCGGCCUCCCGCCUGCUAUCAAGUUCCCUGGCUGCCGGCUGGAUGAUGAAGGAAAGCUAACCCAGUUCUUCCCCUUCCGCACUGCCAUCAUGGUAAUCUCACUAUUAUCCAUCCUGCUCUUCUCCUGGCUGACGUCCAUCAUUUUCAACAAGGGUCUGCUGUCUGAUAAAUGGGAUGUGUUCAAGAUCAAACGUAGGGAGAAACCAACAGCCAGGGCCGCAAGCGUCAAGGGGACCAACUCUGGUAGGGAGGAAGCCUCUGCAGCAAAGCAGCUACUGGACACCACCAGCUGCUAAAGAGGCUCAUGAGGAGGGAGAAAAGAUGGGCACUGGCUGGAGGCGGACAUUUUUGUUUGUCUGCUAAGCAGGAGUUCACAGAGGGGGAACAACGGCAAAGACUGGACAUUAUGUACAGAUCCUGUGCAGUAUUGCAGUGAAUUUGUGGCAAAGACAUUAACAUUAGCAGAGUGUGAUCUUAGCUCUCUGACACCCGACUUCAUCAGUUGCCUCAUUGUCUUCUCCAGAGAAUACAGUAAAGAUAGGCUACCUGGCUGAGUUGUGUUAGCAAAUCAGCAAUUAGCCAGCAUAGCAUAUAGGGAAGAUAGUUACAUGCAUUGUACAUAUAUAUGGUCAUACAUCACUGAAAUAAAAGCAGUCCACACAAAGAACCCAGAGGCAAGUUCAACCUUCAAGCCAUUUAAAAUCAUUUACAUUUGGAAAAAAGAUAAAGAUUAAACAGACGUAAAAUGUUCUUUACAAUACAGUUUAUACCUCUUAUUCAUUUGACGGUUCUUACUAAAAACAGACUUGUAAAUUUGUACAGAUUUAUAUAAAUAUUUUUGUACCAACAUUUUGACAAAUUAUGAUACCGCCUUGAGAUUCCUUUUCAAAAGACCUGAAUUCAGUUCCUUAAGACCAUCACGCUGUGGCAACACCAAAGACACUCAUACAAGAUGUCAUCCCAAUGGAUCAAUCAGUCCAACAGAAUGAUGAUGAAAACAGUUUACAGUUCACAUCAAAAUUGUGAUUAUUUAUUCGAUUUUGCUUUUUGUGAGAGAAACUGCAUCACAUAACCUCGCAAAAACAGAUAAACAAUGAGCCAUCUCUUUCUUUUUUACUAAAUAAUCAGUUGCAGGUGUGGUGGCCAGGAAACAUGUCUCACGACACCGUACUGUACUGCUAGUGCACCUAGCUCCUCUGUUAACCUCUGUAAAUGAUUUGCAGUUAUGUGCAGCAUGACGGGGCUCUCUUUUACACCAGAACAAAGAAAUGUUAUCCAAAGAACACAUGCACACUCUGCACUGUUCCAUUUUAUUAUUUAACAGUUAAACUGUUGUUGUAGUUGAUCUGCUGCCUCGAGCUAGGCUUAACAGCACCAGUAACUCUUCUUGGAUAGCUGGUCAAUAUUAGAUCUUCUAAAAUUAUAUACGCACAAUCAUUGCCUUUACACCAAUGUGACUUUAUUCUAAAAUGACACUGUGCCGUUUUCUAAUCACCAAACUGCUCAGCUGUGUGUCAUCAGAAACUUCUGUUUGCAGCAGUCUACACUCCUGAAAAUGUUUUUUUGUAAAUAUGAAUCUGUGUGCAAGGAAAGAUCAUCACAGUUGUGUGAACAUAUCUAAGACGUGAAGAUUUAUAGUUACAUGUAAAUUUUCACAGAGCAACAUUUACCUCCAUCUCUCAAAUACUGCUCUGUAGACACCAGCAAGUUUAAGACUCCUGUUUUUUUUUUAAACCACACAGGUAGUGAUGACUAAAGUGUCCCACCCUGGCUGACUGCUCUGAGUUGGGUUGCAAUGCAAUGCUGGUGGCUUUGCUGUGCAAGCAAUAUUAAAAAUUAAAAAAACAGCAACCAUAAACACUUGGACGGAAGUGACACAAACACUAUUUCAGGUUUUUUAAACGCUCAAUAGUUUUGUUCUGAUGACUAUUUAAUAUUACCUGUUUUGUCAUGAAUAGCAGCGCGAACUUCAUCUCCAAUCACGCCACAGUUAUUGUAAGCCCAUUCCCCUCAGCCGCAAUUUACUCAUGUGAUUAAUAAGUGAAUGUAGCAGUUUUUUCAACAACUGCAUGGAGAGAAAAAACACCAUCCCUCGUUUUCCUCCUCCUCACCCAUUCCUCGUCCUCGUCUUUCCUCUGUCCGUCCAUGUGAGAGAUAUGCCUUUCAGUUUGUUGGUGACCUUGCACUGUAUGGUUUGUUUUUGUUAUAUACUGUAUGCAAAGCUGUAGUUUACAGUGGGAUCAUUUUUUCCUCUGAGGUGGUGAAAAUGUUUGCAGCUAAGGUCCUGAGAAUUUACAUUAAAGAUUCACAGUAGUGCAGAUUUGACUCCCUUUUGAAUGAUUAGAUUUUAUCAGAGAGCAGACUGUUCAAUGACCCUAGUGUUUUUUAAUGUAUGUUUUGUUUUACUGAGCCUACAUUGUAGUUUGUUGUGCAAAGAGAUUCCUGCUAAUGAGUGACAGUCAGAAAGCCUUCCUCUACCAUACCGUUGCUAAUAAUAAUAUCACUGGAAGCUGGUUUCACUCCACUGCCGGCAGUUAUGUGCUGGUUGUCGUAAAAGGGGUGUUUACUCGUGUCACUGUUCGAAUACCUCAUGAAGUGGUAAUGUUGGCUUUAAGUAUACAAAACCUUUACCUAUGAGUCUGACUUCUAUCCAAAGCAUACUGUAUAAUGUCAUGUUCCAAAGACUGAUUGCACAGAACAAACUGUUCUCAAAACAGGACGCAUUCAGGACAAAAUGCAUCUUUUUAUGUGUGAUUGUGAUUUCUAACUGUAAUAUUCUCUUGUAUACUGUACAGUCUAAUCAUGAUUUGUAUAUUUACACUUUGUAUUUUUUAUCAAAGCUGAUCACUAUGCGUUGUGAGUUCUAGAAGAGAAACAAAAAAAGUGUGUUUUAUCUUAAGUUAGCAACGUUUAAAGUGAAAUAAAUUCACCUUCAAUUCUGCAGAACAUUAAAUGUAAUUUCACCUUGACAAGUCGCUGGGUGGCAGUUCAUUUGUGUCAGCAGUGAUUCUGAACAGCUGUUGAUUGUACACAUAUCACAGGAAAUACAUGUUACAUAUGGCUGAGUGAAAGUAAUAUCCAUUUAAAAUUAACACUCCUGCCUGAUAAUGUUGCCAGACAUGAUUUGAUGGAAGAAAAUGUGCCUGCGGCCCUCAGCAAGCCGUCCGCAAUACAGUGAAUGAUGGCAACACCUUAAUAAUGGAGCAUGUGCAUAUUGUCAUCUGUGCAUUUCGUCACUUUUUGAGGAGAAAUGUUUUAUUUUGUAUGUGGGGUUGGCAUUUAUUAUCUAUGAAAAGUACUGGACAGUUGUUAGUUUUAUAAUAUUAAUAGGUAGUGAGUUCUAUAUUGUUUCCCCUAAUAUCUAUUUGGUUUUAUACUAUUAUGCAUGUUGAUUUUCAUUAACAGUGUUGUUUGUAUACUGAACUUUUGUGAAGGCUGUUCUCUCUUGCCACUUGGCAAGGUCCUACUUUGUAAUCUAUUAAUGUAAAUCCCCAUGGGGUGAUGUUCUGUCAGAAUAAAGGCUUAAACCAAA